AUCCCAUUCUAUUUUUCCUCCUCCUCUUCCCAAAUCUUAAACAUUCACUCAUCCUUAUUUCGAUCUCAUGCAAGAAGCAAUCCCAUUCAGAACAUACAUCCCGGCCACUGCCACCGCCGGCGACAACCGACGGUUUCCUCAGCUCGGUGGUACCGCCACUGGUGUUGGAAAUUUACUAGUAUUAGCCAAUGGAGAAAACUAUGUCCAAAAAUUGGUGUUAGAGAACUCAGUUAUAGUGUUUGGAAAACGUGGUUGUUGCAUGUGCCAUGUGGUGAAGAAACUGCUGCUAGGGCUUGGUGUGAAUCCCACCGUGUUCGAGGUGGAUGAGAAGGAAGAAGCGGCGGUGAUGAAUGAGUUAUCGAAUAUUAACGGUGGUAAAAUCGGCGGCGAAGUGCAGUUUCCGGUGGUUUUUGUGGGAGGAAAGUUGUUUGGUGGACUGGAGAGAGUUAUGGCUACUCAUAUCUCUGGUGAGUUGGUGCCUAUUUUGAAAGAUGCCGGGGCUUUGUGGCUAUGAAUUGACUGCUUCUUAAUUUUUCCUUUUGUCUUUUAAUUCCCUGAUUUCAAUUAAUGUUUUGAUGGAUGGGUUUCUUUCUCUCAAGAAAUUUCAGAGGGAGCAAUAUAUAUAUAUGAUUUUUGUUUUUUUUUGUGGCCUUUGUUCAGAUGAUGAGAGGUUGUAAAUCAUCUAAUUUUUUUUUCUUUUGAUCUUGAUGUAGAUUAUAUGUAACUUUUCUUGAUUUGGAUCAUAAAAUUUGGGAAAUUAUAAGUUGAAGGUGCUUUCUUA